AUGCCUCCUCUGAAGAUGCCUAUAAGGUGCAAAAAAUCUCCUGUUGUUUCUUCUGAAUCGAUGAUCAAGGUGGAAGUCGUUUUGGAGAAUUCUGUAGUAGGUGAUGUGAACAAAGUGAUAAAUGAGUGCGGUGAACCAGAUGCGGGUGGAGAUAAGGUUACAGAGGAUUUACCGCUAAAGAUAGAUGAUUUACAGCAUGGAAGCGAGAAUGUGGAUCAAAACAAACAAGGAUCAGGCAUCAAUGGUCCCCAAUUGGAGACAGUUGCAGAUGAAAUGGCAUUCAUAUCUGAAGAUGGUGAACCACAAAUACAAACAGAUGAAAUGGGGCCCAACGAAAAGGGUAAAAGGUGGAAGAAGGAAUCAACUGAAACAAAUUGGGAGAUCGAGAAACGGAGGAGCAAGGAGAACAUGAUCGGCGACGUUGCCGCUAAUUCACCAUCCAAUACAGCAGACGAGACAGCAGAGAAUCAACAGCAAGAAAAGCCAUGA